AUGUUUCCGACGAAGCCAGUAUUCGGCGCCUUGGCCCAUAUCAAUGUGGAAGUAAAUCAGCUUCAAUGGGAAACCGCGCUCGGUAAUCUACCUAAGGGACAAGACAAAGCACGUACAGUAUAUUCUCACUGGGUCGAGGACGAAGUGCUGUAUGUUCGAACGGGGGAACUUGUAUGGGACUCGAGUAGGCUGGAUCGGCUCAGCGGAUCCAAAGUCUGGGAUUUGGCAAACGCUCCUGUUCUAGCAAACUUCGGCGGGCUACAACUAAUGAAAGUCGAACGAAGUACCGGCCUCGACGCCUAUCCUUCGCUCUCCCACUACCAAGACGUCGCCCUGUUACUUUCGUCUACCCUAAGGAUUUCUGCAAAAGACGUUGAAGUGGCCCUCCUAUGGCUUCGCGGUCUAGCAUGGCAUUACCCAGAUUACCUCCCGACACACGAAAGCCCGCUGUUGAGAACGGUCUCCCGUUUCCUAAAUACUUUGACUGACUCGGAGUCUUGGCAGGAGUUGGGGCGCCUCUUCGACGAUUGGGCCCACCGAGGAUGGGAUCGAGCAAAUAUACUGAAUAGGAUGUAUGAUGGUCACUGGCCAGUCCUUUUCAUGUACUACAACGUACCUACCGCUGCUAGGGCUGCGGCACAUGGCAGGUCCUACUUCGUCGAGUUCGGGAUUCUCCCAGUCCAUGCGCAAGUUCAUGUUCUCGAUGAGCGCGUAGCUAGACAUCGGCCUUGUCAUUUAUUAAUAUUCACGCAGCAACCGUCAGAGGAACUCGUCCUAGACGCCCUUAAACUAGUCAGUACCCACUUUGGAUUCUCGCAGAUACCAAUCCAUACCAUCCCCGACUUGCAGAUUAAGGAACCGUGGUUUCGUCCAGAUGGAAUGCUUCAAAGACGCAUAGUGGACACGAUACUCACACCGAAACUCAUAAUUGCUUUUUCACGACGACGAGGAAGCGACGUACCUAUGUUUUCACCGUUGAUGAUCGAUACAUCCUUAUCAUGUGAGACACAAAAGUCCAUCGUGAUUCUGGCUCGAUCAUCCCAGGAUGACUUCGCUGGGCCAGAGUCUCCAGCUCGACAGGCAUGUUCGGUCUUGGCGGACCUACCAGAGGAAUACACCACAAUUGGGCCCCUUGACAAGAUUUGGUUUGUGCUAGAAUGGUGUUCAUCCUCAAAACACCCAAUCAGCGAUAGGCGGAUUUUUAAGUGUAUUCCUAGGUCGAGCCCAAUUCACCUACUUACAGUUAGUCCACAUCGAGCGACGAGAAGGUGGGAAGAAAUAAAGGUGGUUCAGGAUUACGUAGCAAGCACCGGUGGGCGAUGGUUAACGCAAAAUCCUAGAAGACUUCUCCACAAUGCCAUUCCAGAUGACGAGGGCCUGGAUGGCGAAGAUAACUUCGCAUGGAAGGAUAUGGGUGAUCAAGAGGCUCGAGGAAUCAUCGAAGACCACGUGAAACAGGGUCGCGCAGUUUCACUAGAGAUGGCAUUCUAUUCGAGAAUUCGGGUAGCCCUUACCCGCGCUAUCAAUGCAAAGGACGGCUUUCAAAUGGAUUCACUCCGCCAUGCCUUAACACAACUCUGUAUUGAUCGCAACAUAGGUCGUGUCCUACUAUGUGCGCGAACAUCACCGAGCGGCGACAAGACCCGCACGUAUACGGUAGAUAAUUCAGUUGCUCGUCAGAUCGAGUUUCUUCGCAACGUCUUACCAGCGCACAUUCCUACUGAGGAGUUCAAAGAUGUGGGCGUAUCUGCCUACCAUGGUUCGUACAUGGACCGAUUCGAAAGCAGAGUCCGAGAAUCCGAUACCAAUCUUCUAAUCCUCGCCACUAGCCUAGAUCGCUUGGUUCGGUCGGACGAGGUAUUCGAACGGUUAAUAAAGGCCAUCUCAACAACAGAAAUCGAGGGACACAGGCAUGACGUUGUAUCCUUCCUCUGGGACACAGAGACGCGCCCAGAUAUACAAGAUGCCCUGAUGUGCCCUGAUACUAUUCAUGACGCUUAUCGAAAUUGGUCUGAUACCUUACAAUCUCAGUGCAAAUGCACUGGAGGCAGCGAAUUUCUUGUCCCCAUUGUACAACCAAUAAUCUGGGCAUCAUCGGACCAUAUAUCACCGACUAUAGAAGCAAUCGCAAAGCGUCAUGUCGAAAAGGCCAAAUCAUUUGUAAUUGCACUAUCACUCUCAUCACGUAUCGGCAGACAGGACCUCGAUAUUCCCCAGCAGCUAGUACGAGAUGAUAGCGGCAGGGGCUUCACGCCAUCGAUGGCCUCGACAUGGCAAAAUUAUAUGUCCGAAAAAUUAGACAUUCCCAGAGAUCAAAGGACCACGACCCAGGAUGUGUGUGCCCUUGUGCAAACUGCCGUCUCCAGAAGGGGUGCUCUUGUACUAAAGGCAAUUGCACCUGCGCUCCUCUAUGCAACUGUGGUUAUGGUGGUAGUGGGGUUUUUUGCCGACGCUGCCGUUCAACGUCACUACAAAAUCGAAAAUGCGCCAUCAUUAGCUGCGGAAAUCCCGCCCCUCGGGGAGGCUUGGGAGGCAUCUACUGUACCCCUCACGCCGUGGAGCUGGGAAUCGAACUUGGGUCGUGGUGUCUAUAAGUGA